AUGCGCUCACAUUUUGGCUGUGUGACAUGUAGACAGCGUAAAGUGAAAUGCAACGAGGAAAGGCCUAUUUGCGGCCCAUGUGCCAAGUCCUCCCGUGAUUGUGUCUUCUCAGACUGCAUUUUCCGUCACUACAGUGCCAGCGAUCUUGCUGCCAAUGAAAGGGGAUUUCCCUAUCCGGAGGGGAGACAGACAUGGGUCAAAAUACCAUCUGAUCUCAUCUUUAUCCAGGUUAAAGACCCUUUCGCUGACGAUGAGGAGCCAAUACUUCUCCUGGACAAGCAUCGCUCGAUUGCCAGUACACCGAUAACUCCUGUUACUGAGCAUGGUGUGAUUCCGAGUUCUAUUCACAGUCCCGCCCUUCCUGCAGAGAAUGGGGUUUUGACAACAAUCUUGAUACGGCAUUUCAAAGAAGGUCCUAGUCAAUGGUUAGACUGCUUUGACACUAAUGCCUACUACUCCGUCAAGGUGCCUGUCAUGGUGGCUACGCGGCCCAUGUUGAAGGCUGCUGCAUGUGCCCUUGCCGCCAAACAUCUACACCGUAUGUGCCAGGGAGAACCUCGUCGGAUCUUGCGGUUACCCCAUCUUCGAAACAGCGCCCUUAAAUGGGCCAAUGGAGGAAUCGACCUAAAAUAUGAAUCAGUACGCCUGUAUGACGAGGCUAUCGGAUAUUUGAAAGAAGCGAUCAGACUAGAAAUUCCGAACAAUCGGCGAGACGAGAUGUUCGCUGUUGUUGCCAUUCUAUGCAUGUAUGAGUUGAUCGAUGCUCCCAGCACCGAAUGGCGAGCCCAUCUAAGUGCCCUGCCAUUCUUGUAUUGCGGGACAUCAGAUGAUUUCAGCUCGACAUCCACGUUGCCAAACUCUCUACUGCACAUAUCUCGCUCGGUUUUUUGGAGCCUUGUGCGCCAGGACUGUCUUUCUGCAUUUAUCAAUGAAACGCAAACUCGCCUCGACCUCUCCGACCUCGUCAUCUGGCGCAACUUUGGCCUUAACAUCUCCGCUCACGGCCAUCUCUUGCCUCCAUCGGUCUCCUCUACAAUCGUGAACACUCCCAUUUCCUCCUCCCCGAAUCCUCAUACUUCCGUCCCAACGCACUGUACCUGGCUCGAGGAAGAUACCCUCAGCAACGGCUUGAUUUGGAUAAUGGGCAAAAUUACUAACUUCAUCACGAGCGGUGACGGAAUCUACCCGGGAGACUAUGAAAGCCCUCCAGGCCAGCGACCAUGUUUUGGCACUACACAAGAGGACCUCCUGGAACGAUGGAAGCGACUAGAGUUUGAGCUGAGUGCCUGGUAUGAUACCUUACCGGAUUCUUUCACCCCGUGUGGUCGUACACAACUAUGUCUAUCCAAUUUUGAGCCGACACACCACAGAGGCAACCCAACCCCUACAGGAAACGUCGGAGAUGUAGGUACAAUCGACGCAAUCCUCUUCACUAUCCCCAUGUGUGCCGUCACCAUCCAGACCUACCACAUGGGCCGCAUUCUGCUUUUGAGCAACAUGCCACAGGAAUCCACUGCUAUUCGGUCAACUGUCACGGCGCGACUGCGUCAUUAUCGCCAGAUCGCCGGGUUGGUGGUGCAUCAUGCGCGUGAGAUCUGUGGGAUUAGUUUAGCUGGCUUACCGGAUGCGAUACUUUCGCAUACCAUGCAGCCAUUGUUCGUGGCCGGACAGUGCUUCGAGGGAGACGAGGAGAGGCGGUUAGUAGUCGAUCUGCUGCGACGUGUGGAGAAUGAUACAGGAUGGGCGACAGAGUAUCGGGUGAAGGAGUUGCAGAAGCAAUGGGCGGAUGGGGGUUUGCGGUGUGGGAGAUAG